AUGUGGUCCUCUCUGUCGCUCUGUUAGGUGGUUGCAGCGUUUUUCCAGGACGAGUAAAACUACAAACCUGCCAGCCGCAGGAGGACGGCUAACCUCGGCGUCUGUCUGCCGGGAGGCAGCCACAAUGUUGGCGCUCCUGUCUGUGCUGCUUUUCUGGGGCUCUUCUCCGGUUUGUGCGGUUUUUCAGAGACUUUACUGCAGCAUCUCAGACUCCUGCGAAUGCGACUUUAAGCCCAGUAUCAGAGACUUGGAGUGGGACCUCUACAAGAACGUGUACGGACAACAUCUGGUUCAAGACAUUGUGUCAGAGGAGGUGGCAGCGUUCCUUAAGAAUAAAAGCCCGGAUCGGCCCCUGGUGCUGUCCUUCCAUGGCCCGUCUGGGACGGGAAAAACUCUGGUCAGCUCCAUGCUGGGGAAUCAUCUGUACGGCUCGGCCAUGAGCAGCCCGUACGUCCACCAGUUUGUUCCCACGCUGCACUUCCCCUUUCCUCAACGCGUUAAUGAGUACAGGGAAGAAUUGAAGAGCUGGGUUCAGGGGAACCUGACAGAAUGUGCUCGUUCAGUCUUCAUUUUUGAUGAGAUGGAGAAAAUGCCCUCAGGCCUCCUCAGUGUGCUGGAGCCAUUCCUUGGCCCCUCCCAUGUUGUAUUUCGCACCAAUUACCGCAAGGCCAUCUACAUCUUCAUCAGCACCACAGGAGAGGAGGUGAUCAACAAAGUGGCUCUGGAGAACCGGCAGGCUGGACGCGACAGGGAGGAGAUCAAGUUGAUCGACCUGCAGGAGGCCAUCGCACAGACUGCUUACAACAGCAGCUCAAGCGGCUUCUUCCAGUCCAGCAUCAUCCAGCACAAUCUCAUCACUCGCUUUGUUCCAUUUCUGCCGUUGAGCCGACGCCACGUCGAGCGCUGCGCUCGCUCUCAGCUCUGCCAGCAGGGCAGCUGCAGCCGCAGUGACGUGGUGGAGGCAGUAGGGGGCGACAUGGUCUACACUCCUGUGCAGGGACAGUACUUCUCCACCACCGGCUGUAAGGCUGUUCCUGCCAAGAUCAACUUCUUUCUUUGAGAAGGUUGAGGAACAUUUUAUUGGUUUUAAAGGACUGAAAGGUAGAACUCCUUCAGAGGUGAGACAAUGGAAUGAAACCCUCUGUUACUUGGAGGUCAAAGGUCAGAGCAACGUCUGGAGCAGGCAGGGAUUCAGAGUCGAGGAUGAAGACGCCACUGCUGUGAUGUCCAUCUAAGCGCAGCAGAGUUCAUCUCUCCACACUCUACCUCAGAUGCUCUUUUAAUGUAUGAACUUGGGAUGAUUUCAGGUUCAAGUGUUCCACCUGGACGUCAUUAGCUAAUUUCCUUUAGGUUAAUUUAUCUGGUUUUAAUUUAUUUUUAUUAUAUCAUUUUUGCCAAUGUACUGCACCAGCCUGUGUAAAGCAGUGGGAGCUGUUCAUGUGUUAACAGCAGCAGAAAGAGGCUCAUGCUUCUUGGUGUUUACAGAUCAAAAGUGUUGCAUUGAGAAAACCCUUUUUUAAUACAAGGUAGUGAGAAGUAGCUGCGAGUCACAGAUACGACCGCUGCAUUGUCAAUGUGUAUGUUGACAAGAGAAUGAACUCAAAUACUACAAUAAGAGAUACAACAUAUACAGUACAGGUUUUAAUGAUCAUUGAUGUGAGGGGGUUUUGGUUUGACUUCACCGUUUGUCCUCCAAAACACAAUGAAACUCCAUGUGACAUCAGAUGUUGGGCCAAACUUAGCUUCUGUUUUGCCAAAGUAAUGAAAUAAUGAAAGAACACAGUUCGUUUAAAACUGUAACACAGAUUGUGUGGCUGCACGUUGUGGCGUCUGCCAUGAGGUGGCGGUAAAGACUAUCAGGAGUGGAAGAGGUGAAGCAGAGUUCAGCUGCGGCUCUGUGAUUUUAACACAGUUCCCUCACUAGUGGGUUCUGUAGAGCAAACGCUGGUUUUAUUAUGUUGUGUACAUGCAAGUGUUUAAACACAAAGUGCACUUUACCUACAGGACAAAGAACAACGUGGUUCAGUCCUCAGUGUGUGAAGACGCUGACAGUGAGUCUCUACUGGCUCUAAAUCUUUAAUGACUGAAGUUGUAUCAGGUUGUCUGUAGAACUGUGGCAGCGCGUUGGCUCAUUAAAAUGCAAAUGGGGAAAGUGAAAGUGAAACAGAACAAAACCCACCUGAUGCGGAGACGCACAAUCAUCAGGUGACUCAGUCUGUAUUAUCUGUACCUGUUCGUGAAUGAAGCCUUCAGCUCUCGGGCUUCGCCUUCGCUUCAUUUCAAGGAUUGUGCUUCUGCAGACGCUGAGUCUGUCUCUUCAUCAGCUGCUGAAGGCGCAGGUGUUCAGAUCAGUCAGGCAGUUCUUGUCCUGCCACGUCACCUGUCCCACAGCAGUGUGCGAUGAAAAUACAAUUUAAACACCGUGAA